GAAGGCGGAGCGGCGCUAUGGCGGAGGUGCGCCCGGCUACGGGCGAGAACGGCGUUGGCAGCAGGGCGAUCCGCGUGGGUACCCGCCGGAGCCAGGGCCGUUUGCUCUCAGCAGCGCUCCUUUCACGUGAUUUGCGGGGUUAACGUGGCACCUUCUACGAUAACGGCUGGCCCGGAUUCAGACUGACAGCGUGGUUGAGAUGCUCCGUGAGUUUUACCCUGACCUCUGCUUUGAGAUUGUUGCCAUGUCUACAACUGGAGACAAGAUCUUAGAUACAGCGCUUUCUAAGGUAAAGGAUUUAUUUCAGAUUGGGGAGAAGAGCCUCUUCACCAAAGAGCUGGAAAAUGCACUUGAAAGGAAUGAGUCUCUGGCACUAUGUGACCCAACCAGCUGUUCAGUGUUGUGACUGCUGUUCUCUAAUUCAUAGAGUUGACCUGGUAGUUCACUCCUUGAAGGACCUGCCAACUUCUCUUCCUCCUGGCUUUACCAUUGGUGCUAUUUGCAAAAGAGAGAACCCACUUGAUGCUGUUGUCUUUCACCCCAAAAACUGUGGGAAAACGCUCAGUGUUCUUCCUGAAAAGAGUGUUAUCGGAACUAGUUCACUUCGGCGAGCGGCCCAGCUCAAAAAGAAGUUCCCUCAGCUAGAAUUCAGGGAUAUUAGAGGAAAUUUAAACACCCGCUUGAAGAAGCUGGAUGAGAAGGAAGACUUCAGUGCUAUAAUCCUAGCUGCUGCUGGACUGAAGAGAAUGGGCUGGGAGAAUCGCAUAGGUCAGCUCCUGAGCCCUGAAGAUUGUCUGUAUGCUGUGGGACAGGGGGCUUUAGCGGUGGAGGUUCGUGCCAAAGACCAAGAAACACUGAAUAUGGUAUCUGCCCUGCAGGAUGGGGAAACUGUAUUAUGCUGCAUUGCUGAGAGAGCUUUCAUGAAACGUUUGGAGGGUGGCUGUAGUGUCCCUGUUGCAGUUAACACCAUGCUGAAAGAUGGCCAGUUGUACUUGACAGGUGCAGUCUACAGUUUGGAUGGAUCCGAUAGCCUGAAGGAAACAAUGCAGACCAGCGUUAAUUAUCCACACCGGAAUGAAGAUGGACCAAAUGAUGAUGUGCAGCAUGUUGGCAUCACAGCCAAGAACGUCCCUGGUCAGGCGCAGGAGGCUGCAGAGAACCUUGGUAUUGAACUAGCUAGUUUACUUCUGAGCAAGGGAGCUAAGCACAUCCUUAGUGUGGCAAGGCAGCUGAACGAUGCCUGCUAAGCCGCUACUGAGAUCAGCAAGAUUGCUACAACUCUUACUCUGGUCUUCACAGCUACUCUAUCAGCUGUUGGAGGAAGGGUUUUUGUUUUUAACAUUUGCACCAGCCUUGUCUGACAUUUGGGCAUAAAAUACUUGAAAAUACUUAACUAACUUGGAGUUAUUCUUAUCAAGGUUUACCAAAAUUGCAAAAUCUGAAACUUGUUUAAAAGUUGUUGCUAGGAAAGAUGUAGUAGUAAUUGUUCUCCUAUUGUAUUUAGUAACAAAGCACUGAAUACAGAUUUUAGUCAGACCAAACAGUGGUACAUACUGAAGUACUGCACUGUGCUUACAGCACAGAAGUGAUUUCUGUAGUCACUAAGCUUGUGAAAUUGUGGAUUAUUUGGGCCUGUUAUUUUCAGAAAUGCUGAAGGAGACUAACAUUAGGUUCCCACUGCAUUCAUGGGGAAUUUACCACAAUGCUGUUUCACCAUAAGCUUUGGCUAUGGAGUUACUUUAAGUUACUAAAUACAACUCUGCCACUUGUUCAUAGUGAACUACUAGGUAGGUGGUUAGCCAACUCAUCCCACGUAGAUGUAGUACAAGGACAGGCACUGAUAUACAAUAACCGGUAACCUUUGAGCUGAAAAGUAAGAAAUUUGCCUUUCCCUGUAGGCUGUGAGCUAUUUCCCUGUAGUUCAUGGUUGAACUGUCAUGUUGCACUAUCAUGCUGCAGUGCCUUACAGAAACAUCAAAAUAACCUAUUAUGGGGUUCCAGUUUUGGAGAUGAAGCAUUGUUUAUUUUCUGUGCAAUAUCCGCUGAACUUAACAGCAGAUAAACAGUCAUGUUAUAAGCA